GUAGGAUCUAUUAUUGCUUACGUAUGACAUAGAUCAAUUGUGUCAGAUGCAUUCAUGCACCCGCAUUCUGUGGGCUCAAGGAAUAUGCCGCUUGGAUCAGGGCAGGUGAACGAUUGAGUACUUAGGCAAGUGUUCUCGACUUCUAGCGCCCAGCAUAUUGCUCCAGACAUCUCAUUAAAUUACACGGUCAAAGCGAAUAUGCCUCAGACCUGGCUGAUAACUGGCUGCUCUAGCGGCUUCGGCGAACUCUUCGUUCGAAAGCUCCGGGCCGCCGGCGAUAAUGUUAUCGCAACGGGUCGCUCCGCUGAAAUGAAGCUGUCUCACCUCAAAGAUACGGGUGCCGAGAUUCUUGAUCUUGACGUUUCUAUGUCUUCCGAUGCUAUACGGGCUAAGAUAGAACAUGCGUGGAGUUUGUUCCCGGAUGGAAUCGAUGUUGUUGUUAAUAAUGCCGGCUACAUCUUGAGUGGUGCCGUAGAAGAGUUGAAUCCAGAAGACUUGGAGAAUGUUAUGAAGACCAACUUCUACGGUCCUUUUCACAUUACUCAAGCAAUUCUGCCUAAGAUGCGUGCGAAAGGAAAGGGUACAUUGCUUUACAUGAGCUCCCAAGCGGGUUGGUACGGUGACCCUGGCGCAUCAGGGUACUGCUCGUCGAAAUUUGCUCUUGAAGGAAUGGCCGAAUGUCUCUCAAGGGAACUCGCGUACAUAGCGCCAGGCAUCAAGAUUUUACUUGUUGAGCCUGGCUACUUCAGCACGAGCGUAUUCAGUAAGACCAAUUUCGCGCCUUUGCGAAACCAGACAGAUUAUGGUGGUUUCUUCAAAGUUGCGCAGGACUACGUGGCGGACGUGAUAGGCAACGAGCCUGGAGACUCCGACAAAGCUGUCGAUCGGAUGAUUGAUCUAGUUAAGGGGACCGGGAUGGCUGCGGGCAAGACAGUGCCGCUACGGGUGCCGUUGGGAAGUGAUGGGUGGGGGAAGGUUAAGGAGAAGUGCGAGGAGACAUUGAAGAUCUGCGAAGAAUGGGAAGAGCUGGCCAAGAGCACGGAUAAAAAACCGGCAGCUUGAUGCUUGCGAAGCAUCGUCGUUGAUAUGUCUCAGCUAGAAAUGUGAUCGUAUGGUGUGUCAGGUCUCAAAAAUCGUGUAGCUUGAGGUAUUGCUCGCACCGUAAGGCGCUACGAAUUUAGUGGCCGAGCUGAGACAACCUGAGCUAUCCUAGUAGGGCGGCAUUUCGUUGGUAAAUUUAGGUGUAAUUCCGUGUGGCAGAGAAAUCUAUGAUCUAC